ACCGCAGACAUCCGCAUCCCCUGAAGAGGAACUGAGAUGGAGAAGGAGGACGGAUCAGAACGUCUCCGUCUGACAGGGGUUACUCCCACGUCGCCUUCAUUCAGACACGAUCCAUCUGCAGAAGAAGGCCGAGAGGCUCACUCUGCACGAGGUGUCAGGAUCAGGACUAUCGCCACACUGGCCUUCCUUCCUGUCCUGCUAGCUAUAGCGCUGCUCCUCGUGUUCGCUCUGUGGUUCUUUACCCGCUCAACGACCACCGUGGAGCAAGUUUGGCAGCAUGGCGUGUUUCUCCUGAAUGAAGGAGAUGAUGGACAGGAGUCGAACAUGACCGGGUUGACGAUCUCUUCCAUUCUGAGUCAAGCCAUCUCUCUCGUUUCUCCUUGGGUUCUUUCGUUGUUCGCCUACCGCAUCGCCGUCCUCUGGACGCGAGACAUACAGCGACACCACUAUUGCGACCGCAGGGCGCGUCGGCGGGUCCUUCCUAACCCAUACGAGCAUAUAUGGCUUGCUUGUGUCGCUCCUCUCGUCACCAAACCUGAUCACGUUUGGCACUGUCAGUCGCCAGCUGUUCAUCCGAGGACGACCUCGCCUUCUUGUUGUGGCUGCCCUUUUCUCUUUCUACGUGUUUUCUAUCUCCCAUGCCGUCGCCCUAUGUGAUCUGUGGCUCCACACAAGCAGCAGAUCGAUGCUUAUCAACACCUCCAUCCCAGUCACCAUUCAUCUUCC